UUGUGAAUCACCUUUACUAUCAUUAACAUAAUUGUCUGCAAGGUGGUUUAGGAAAAUAACUCGCUCAACAGACACGCGAACAUUAUUGUAUUGGGACGAACAUUGGUGUAUCUAUACGCCGUAAACUGAUGUAACAUAUGCGUACACUGGCAUAUUGGAUAUUCAUCGUGGAUCAGUAAAGAACUUGCACAUGGUUAUCAGAGCUUUAUUUGUCAAGUUGUACUAGUUAUCAUUUACGGGAGAGUUAGAAAUGUUUACGUUUCCGGUACUCCACUUUGAUGAUACGAGAUGGCUCAAAUAGGCAUCUUUUAUCCAAACUGUAAAUAUUGGGGAUCUUUAAAGUUUAAAGAGUGUUAAAAUGGAUUACAUAUAGAUAGCAUUAUCUGAAGAAGCACUUAUAAAUUUAAGAAAAUAUCGCAAUUAUGAACAAAUGGAAAAUAUAUUUUUAAUUAUUGUAGAAAGUAUAAAACAAAAUCAUGGUUUUUAAAAUCAAAUAAUAAAAAGUUGUUUUGAAGAAAUAAAAUCCAGUAGUAGAUAUUUACAAGCCGUAUAAAAUCAAGGAUUUUGAUAUAGAAAUACUAUAUAUUUACUAAAAUAUUUAAAAUGCAACGCAGUGUUGUUUGGUUGUAUUUUUUGUGCUUUAGUGUUGAAAUAAAUACUCUAAGAACGUUAAAAUGUGCAAGCGAUUGCAUAUGUAGUGUUGAUCCGAGAACUAGAAAUCUUCUUGUGGAUUGUACAAAUAAGGAUCUUAAAUCUUUACCAGAAGAUUUGGAUAAACAGACACGCACAUUAGAUUUGAGUUUGAAUCAACUGUCCAAUCUACCAGAUCGUGCCUUUUCAGAGCUCACUCGCCUAAAUACAUUGAGUAUGGUUAGCAACUCUAUAUCAAGUCUUUCAAGUAACGUAUUUUCAGGAUUAAAUAAGCUGGAACACCUGUAUCUACAAGGUAAUACAUUACAAUCAGUUCCUGUGGCGGCUUUAAGUGACCUUCCUUCUUUAGUUACAUUGUAUCUAGAUAACAACAAUAUAACAAGUGUGGCAGACGACAGUUUUGCGUCAUUAAAAUAUCUUGGUAACCUACGCCUGGACGUAAAUCUUCUUACAGAAAUACCGGUGACAGCACUUAACAAAGCAAGAACUUUACAUGCAAUAAACUUUGGUUCCAAUCAGAUAAAAGAAGUUCCAGAUUACGCAUUUGUGAAUUUAACAAAUUUAGCUCUCGUGAUUCUAUCAAAUAACAAAAUCUCACAUAUCAGCGAAAAUGCCUUUUAUGGACUUCCAGUAUUGAAACUUUUGGAUCUGAGUAACAACCGCCUUACAGAAAUUCCUGCUGCAAUCAAUGCCUUACCUGACCUAUUUGAUCUAUCAGUUAGAGAAAAUAGAAUAGCUUAUUUACCUGACGGCUGCUUUUCAAGUAACAAGAAGUUGUCGAUACUAAACCUAAAAGAGAACCCUAUUGUUUCGUGCGGUGUUAACACAUUUAGUGGUUUACCAGAUCUGGGAGAGCUUGUUUUAUCGGAGGCCGGUGAGUUAACAAUAUUUCCGAACCUUGCCGGAUCAACAAGUCUCGAGAAAAUAAGUUUGGAUAGAGCUUCAAUAACAAGUCUACCUGACAAACUGUGUCAAAACCUUCACCAACUCACUGUAUUAGAUGUUCACAAAAACCAAAUAUCGUCAAUACCAAAUAUGACUGACUGCCAUGCUUUAACUUCUCUUAACCUCGGAAAUAAUGGAAUAUCAGAAAUUAUCGGAUCCCCACUGGAAGGCCUGUACAGUCUGAAAGAUCUGAUUUUAUCAUAUAAUAAGAUAAGAUAUAUUUCUGGUACAGCAUUUCUAGGACUUCCAAAGCUGCAAUAUUUAGAUUUAUCCAACAAUAUAAUUACCUAUAUACACCCGGAAGCUUUUGCUGCUUUGAAAAACCUAGAGGAUUUAAAUGUUGCGGAAAACCAGUUUGAUAGCUUACCAACUAAAGGAUUACAAAGGUUACGUCACUUGAAAACGUUCCACAAUACAAGGUUACAAGAACCUCUACUGCCAGAUGCAUUUCCUCAGAUCCUAACGCUAAAAGUUGCAUAUGCAUAUCACUGCUGUGCCUUCAUUAACCAAUAUAAAGGUGAUAAAAACAUAGAAGGAGCAUUGACAUUUGACGAGAAGGUCAAGUGGUUAAUAAAAACAAAUGCUACACCAUUUCUACAGGAUAGAUCAAACCUUAGUUACGACUGGGGAGAUCCAGAUUACUACUAUGAUUUUAAUACUCCACUGUACGAGUAUGAACUUAACAGAACAAAUUUAACUACUGACGAGGAGUAUACUGACGGGAUGGCAUCAGCCUAUUCAUUUGAAACCAUGGUUAGAAUCAAACCACCUGUUCGCUGUGAACCGUUACCGGAUCCGUUCCAGCCAUGCGAUGAUUUGUUUGGUUGGUGGUCUCUCAGAUGUGGUGUAUGGAUCGUGUUCCUACUAGCUGUUCUAGGUAAUGGAACUGUGCUUUUUGUGUCUUUGACCAGCAAAUCCAAGAUGGAUGUGACACGAUUUCUCAUAUGUAACCUAGCGAUGUCUGAUUUAUGUAUGGGGAUAUACCUGGGCUUUCUUGCUGUCGUUGAUGCUUCAACUCUAGGAAAAUUUGAGAAUCAUGCAAUCUUCUGGCAGACAGGUCCUGGAUGUCUGGUUGCCGGAUUUCUCGGCGUUCUGUCCAGUGAAUUGAGUGUGUUUACAUUAGUGGUUAUCACAAUUGAGAGAUUUUACGCUAUAUCACACGCAAUGCAGAUUGGGAAACGUGUGAGAUUAGGACAUGCUGGUAUAGUGAUGACUUGUGGCUGGAUUGUUUGUCUUUCAAUAGCUAGCUUACCGUUGUUUAAAGUCAGUGAUUAUAGAAAGUUUGCUAUUUGCCUACCAUUUGAUACCGAAGACGAACUUUCACUAGCUUAUGUCUGCUUCAUCAUGAUAUUCAACGCUAUAUCGUUUAUCAUCAUUGUCAUCUGUUACGGAGGAAUGUUCAUUUCUAUCCGUGCAUCACAUACCUGGAACUCCAAAGACUCGAUCGUGGCAAAGAGAAUGGCUCUUCUUGUAUUCACUGACUUUUUCUGCUGGGCCCCGAUUAUAUUUUUCUCGCUGACAGCAGCUUUUAAUUGGCACUUCGCAAGAAUAAGCCUAGACGAAGCAAAGGUUCUGACUAUAUUUGUGCUUCCUUUAAAUAGUUGUGCAAAUCCAUUUUUAUACGCGUUCUUUACACGUCAAUUCAAACGAGACUGUGUAAAGCUAUGUAAAAGAAUUGAGGAGUCUAGCAUAUCUCGUCAUUUUUCAAGUAGUGGUCUUGGAAGGAUGUCAGCAGUGUCUCAUAGACAUCAUCAGAUCAACAGUUGUAGCGGCAAAAGAAGCUGCGAGAACUCCCUUAAUGAACCAAGUACAUCCGGGGAAGCUUCGUCGUCUAACAAUCCAUCUGACGACUCUGAUUUGACUGUCAGAAAAUUACCACUUACACGUGAGGAAAAGCAAAUUCUACACUACAUGCGGUCUGACUUUCGUCUACCGCAGUCAAGACUAGCCUCACCAACAGAACUUUCGUCACCCGAAACAGAAAUUAGACCAAUGCUUCGAAGCAGCCAAGAACCAAACUUAGAGUCCAGGGCUGCAAGGCUUUCUCCUCGGCCAAUGUUAACAGAAGAACGUCAUGACAACUCUCACGAUAUAGUUCUACAUACAAAAGAAGGAAAUGUAUAUUUAAGCGCAAAACCAAAAACUUUUAAAAGUAUAAGAAAUAAGGAAGGUAAAGUCAGAUAUUUUAGAACUGAUAAAUGUGCACAGCGGCUUUGUCAUCAUUCUGUAAAAUCAAUAAAGCGAACACAAUCAAUUCCAUUUGGAAGCCGGUCAGUCCAUUCUCAAACUGCUGAUUCUUGUGGUGAAAACGAAAAUAUCAAAUCACUUCAAACUAUGGAGACAGAACUAAGAGAUACAAACGUUGAAGACAAAGCACGCAAGAAGUUCGAAACAGACAGAAGCAAAGAUCUUGGUUUGAAAAUUGAUAAUUUUAAGUCAAAGCCAGUUCAAGCUUCAACUAAAAACGAAACUGAAAAAUCUAUUGGCAAAACUAUUUCUACCCAAACUGAAAUGCUUGUUCCUUUACGACAUACGCGAAAUCCCGACCUUACAGCUGAUAUAACAAAACGCGAAAAAGAUAAACAUAUCAAUGAAUGGCGAAAAACGUCACAUUUGUCAUUUCUCUGGAGGAAUUCAGGAAACUUCGAUGUGUUGAAUCAGAAACAAAAGUCAAACAGUUUAGUAGAACUUACAAGACCAUUAAGUAACUUGCAAAAUGCAGCAGCAAAGAGACAUAGCUUAACGUCUAAACACGAAGGAUACAUUCUUUUAAAAAAUUCAAGCAGAGAUUCCGCCUAUGAAGAAGAUGAACUAUAUGAAUUCUAUGACGGCAGUAUAACGUGUCCUGAUGUUGAAAAACAACCAUAUAAGGGUUCUUCCGAGAAGAAGACUAAACGCGAAAAGGACAAAAAGGAAACAGCAAAAGAAAACAAACGAAUUUCUCCGAAAACAGAAUUAUCUAUGGAUAGUGAUGAAUGUUGUGAAACUUCGAUGUUACUUUCCAAUCGACUUCCAGACAAUCUAUGUAUUCCUAAAGGAAGACAAAGUUGUGACAUUGAGAGUGGUAUAAGCUCAAGUUCAUGAAUUAUGACAGAUAUGUUAUGUUAAAUAUGUAUAUAAC